GAAUGAGUGAAGGUCUGGAGGAGGAAGAGGAGGGGGAAAGGGGGAGAGGAGGGGUUCCUUUUGAAUUCCUUAACUUGGUUUUUUGCAGACUUAAGUUCUGCUGGUGGAGGCAGCACGUGGAAGUACCAGUAAGUUCCUUAAAAAAAAAAUUGCCCAAGUAGUGGGCAGCAGGGUAAUAUGGAAAAUGGGAGGGGGGAAUUACUGGGGUGGGUGGGUCAAAAAGAGGGAAAUGGGGGUGGCGAGCCCCUCCCCCUUUGUGCCCCACUUCUGAGCAUCCUUGAGGGGAAGGGAGUGGUUAGGGAGUGAUGCCCGGCUGCAAGGACGCUGGCUUUGGGCGGGUCUGAUCCAAGAAGCUCACUCCUAAAGGAGGGAGAAGCUGGAAUAAUAAUAAUAAUAAUAAUAAUAAUAAAUAAUUUUUAUUUAUACCCCGCCCUCCCCAGCCAAGACUGGUCUCAGGGCAGCUAACACCAGGUAUAAAAACAAUUGAUUGAAAUACAACUUAAAAACAAGAUUAAAAUACAACAUUAAAAUGCAGCCUCAUUUCAGGCAUCAGUGGCUUCUAGGCAUGCUAAGUGAAAAUAGAGACUCCCCUUCCCAAGGCAGUCUACCAUCCCCUCCUUUUUAAUUUUUAUUUUAAAAUAAUUUUUAAAAAAAUUACUUGAAGCAAAUCAAACGAAUCGAUACAACAAAAAUAACCAAGGCACACAUUCGAAAGAAAGAGUUCAGCAUGGUGUAUGCCGGAGAGGCUUAAAUCAGGGAAGACGAUUAAGAAAGGGGAAUUUUUGCAUUGCACCCCCCCCCCUUUUUAUAGUUAGUGUGAAAUCAAAAGUACAGGCAAACAAACAAAUAAACAAAAACAGGAAAAGCAUAAUGAGAGUUGCAAAACAUAGGGGCAGAGGCAGUGAACCUUUGAUUUCCAGGAGACCAGGACCAAAUAAUAGGUUCACGCUCUCUCUGUUAUAUUAAUAAUAUACUCUUUUGAAACUGACUAUAUUUGUGUUUCGCUUUUAUGGUUUAUUUUAUUUUGUAUCCCACCUUUUUUCUCCAAGGAGCUCAACGUGGUUCUCCUCAUCCUUAUUUAACCCGAGGUACUAUUUCUAGGUUAGCAGAGUCUGUAACCUGAAGCGUAUGUAACCCGAGGUACCACUGUAUUUUCUUCUGUGGUUAAUUCACAAGCUGCUGAAUUCUGAAAUGUAGGAAAAAUCACCCUUGGGGCUUCUUUGAAUGUAUCCUCAAAGAUCACCUGCCUCUUGUGUUCCUUUCUCUCCCUCCCUCCCUCCCUUCCUCCUUUCCUUCCUUCCUUCCUUCCUUCCUUCCUUCCUUCCUUCCUUCCAGGAGAAGCCCUUUCAUCACUGAAGAGAUUCCUGCUCCAUUUCUGAAUCUCCUGAGGUUUACUCCGUCGACUGAAGAUCCCGCUCCUAACUCUGAUCAGUGGAAGGGUGGCAGAGAUUUUUCCCGACUCCGGAAAGAGGAGCAAUUGUACACAACCGGGUUGCUGCCGUCGGUCUCCCCCGACAUGGCUGAUGCCCAGGAUGCUGAGGCAACCAAGGGUCUCCAUCUUGAGGCUGCUGCCAAUAACCCUAUGUGUCCUGUAAUCAAAAUGGAGGAGCAGGAGCCCACAGUCCUUGGGAGCGAGGGGAUGGAAAGACCCAGAAAGGGGCUCUCCGUUGUUCACAGUCGGGGCUCCUGGUUUGGGGCGAUGCUGUCCCGGGUCGGAGCUUUUCCAAGGCAAGAGAGGCUGGAGGGUGUGAAGGAGGAGCCGGAUGAGGCAGCUUGGGAAGGCCAGUGGCAGGCGUUCUUGAAGGCCUUGCAGAUGCCUCAGGCCGCCUGGGCAUGGUCGGUGGUGAUGGAGGAUAACCAAGAGGGCAGGACCAACCCUGAGGGGGCAGCGGAGGUCUGUGAGCAGCCAGAAGGGCAGCCAGGAACCAGCCUGCCCCCUGGGUCCAGAGGGCUCCAAGCCCUGGGAUCCCCCGAGACCAGAACUUGCGGAGGGGCAAAGCGGGAGAAUCCCAGCGAGGAAGCUUCCGGGUCAGAGGCACAACGGCGGCACUUCCGGCAGUUCCCCUACUUGGAAGCCAAGGGGCCCCGGGAGGUUUGCAGCCAGCUGUGGUUCCUUUGCCACCGGUGGCUGAAGCCGGAGAGGCACACCAAGGAGCAGAUCCUGGAGCUGGUGACUCUGGAGCAGUUCGUGGCUGUCCUGCCCUCGGAGAUCCAGGACUGGGUCAGGGGCCGAAGGGCCGAGACCUGCACCCAGGCAGUGGCCCUGGCCGAGGAUUUCCUGCGGAGGCAGCAAGAGGCUGGGGAAGCCACGUGGGAGGUAGGGAAGUGUCUUCUUUCCUUGUCACCCAUAUUAUCAGCUGGAUACGUGCUGUUAAAGACGCAGGGUGUGAGCUCCCGUUUGGCUUUCCUGCGUCUGGGCAGGAUCUCACCCCUGUUAGUUGCUGUGCUGCAGCAGCCUUGCAUAGUGUGCACUGCCGUCCUUCCGGAUAUUAUUAUUAUUAUUUUAUUUUAUUUUUAUACCCCACCAUCUAAUUGGGUUGCCCCAGCUACUCUGGGUGGCUUCCAACAUAUAUAAAAACAUAAUAAAACAUUACACAUUUAAAGGCUCCCCUAUACAGUCGUACCUUGGUUGACAAACGGCUUAGCUGCCGUACGCUUUGGUUCCCAAACAAUCGAAACCCGGAAGUGAAUGUUCCGGUUUUCAAACUAUUUUUGGAAGCCGAAUGUCUGGUGCAUUUUCCACGUCUUCUGAUUGGCUGCAGGAGCUUCCUGCAGCCAAUCAGAAGCUCCUGCAGCCAAUCAGAAGCUACAUCUUGGGUUUUUAACGGUUCCGGGAGUCAACGGACUCUGAGAACACAUUCUGUUUGUCAACCAAGGUACAACUAUAGCAGGCUGCCUUCAGAUGUCUUAUAAAGUUUACUCAUCUCCUAGAUAUCUGCAGGGAGGGUUUUCCACAGGGUGGGUGUCCCUACCAAGAAGGCCCUCUGCCUAGUUCCCUGUACCUUCCAUUUCGCAGUGAGGGAACUGCCAGAAGGCCCUCGGAGCUGGAUCUGCUUACUUCCUCCUGUGCUGAAUGGGACUUUCAUUGUUGUUCCAGGUGCCGGGAUCUCUUGCAGAGGCCGCUGCAAGUUUCUCUGAAGCGGACCAGACUUCGCCAGAUGCUGGGGAGAGGAGCGCUGGUGGAGAUGCCUCUGUAUUGGAGAGCGAUGGGGAUGCCUCUGUAUUGGGUGCCAAAGGUUUCCUUUUGCCGAUCCCAGGGACGGGAAACCUGUGGCCCUCCUGGUGUUCUGGGAAUGAUGGAAGCUUUAGUUUUUAGCAGCUGGAGAGCCACAGUUUAUCUAUCCUCAUUACAAAGGGUUACACUGAAUUCACCAGACCUAGAAACACCUUAUAGCACUCAGAGUUUACAUGUUAACUUUUGAAUACUUUUUGUUUGUUGUGGGGGAGGAAGGGAAAGGAGAUUGUUAGCCGCUUUGAGACUUCUUUGGGUAGUGAUAAAGCAGAAUAUCAAAUCCAAACUCCUCCUCUUCUUCUUCUUCUUCUUCUUCUUCUUCUUCUUCUUCUUCUUCUUCUUCUUCUUCCCUCUUACUUGCCUUUUCUCCAAAGUAGAAAAAAAAUCUAUAAAAGUAACAUUUCCCCACAGGACACUUGCUCCAUCCCCUUGAUCAUUUUGGCUUACUGUUUUUCGUUUAUUGUUCUUUGUCCGUGAUGCUCUAAUCAGGAUUGUUCAUCUUUUGUUCUGUUAGAUGAUGGCUGGGAGAGAGAAAAUGGUGGGGAGCCGUGUGUGGUGUUGCUGGAAAGAAUCAGGGAUAUGGAAGAAAAUGUCGGGGGCAAAGAAGGACUGAGGAAGAAACGUGGAAACGGCACCGAGAAGUGGAAGGAGCGGUCUGCUGUAUGUCCUAGGGGGAAAGGCCCUGAAUUUACAGCCAAGCAGAGGCUACAUGAAGGAAAGGGCGGGUAUCCAUGCAGUGUGUGUGUCAAAAGUUUUCCUUGCAAAUCUAGCCUUACUCGACAUCAGAUAACCCACACAGGGGAGAACCCACAUAAAUGCUCGCACUGUGGGGAGAAGUUCACUCGGAGAGCGAGCCUCAUUGUUCAUCAGAGAAUCCACACAGGGGAGAAACCCUACAAAUGUUUCACAUGCGGGAAGAGCUUCAGCGUGAACUCCACCCUAAUCAGGCACCAGAGGAUCCACACGGGAGAGAAGCCGUACCGGUGCUUUGACUGCGGAGAGAGCUUCAGUCAGCGCACGAUCCUGAUUUCGCACCAGCGGAUCCACACGGGGGAGAAACCGUAUCAGUGCUUGGGCUGUGGCGAGAGCUUCCGCGAUAAGUCGAGCCACAUCCGGCACCAGCGGAUCCACACCGGGGAGAAACCGUACAAAUGCUCGGACUGUGGCAUCAGCUUUCGCGACAAGUCCAGCCGUAUUCGGCAUCAGAGGAUCCACACGGGGGAGAAGCCGUACAAAUGUCUAGACUGCGGGGAAAGCUUUAGUCAGAGCUCGAGUCUUACUAGACAUCGGAAAAUACAUACGGGAGAGAUACUGUACCCGUGCUCGGACCGUAGGGGGAGUUUCCAUGAUAAAUCAAACAUUAAAGAGCCCCACAAUGGUCACUUACUAGAGAGACGAGACAAAUAUGCAGACUGUGGUGAAAGCUUCAGUCAGGACACAUUCCAACUUGGGCUACAGAGCAGCCACUCUGGAGCUAAAUAGUAGCCGUUCUCCUUGCUAGCUUUGGAGAAGAACACAGAAGAGAGCCAUAGUGACUUCAUUUGACACAAGUCUAAACUAUAGUGUCAUGUGAAUGAAUCUUUCAUCCCCCUAGGCUCAUGGAGUAACAGUUGGAAAACAUGCCCCCUCAGGAGAGGCUGGCCCCCCUCUUUGGUUCCCGGGGCUUGUUUACCGGUGAUCUACUCUGGUUGGCAUCCCCGCAAGUCCAGAGAGGUCUUGAUAGGCGACAUCUCCCAGCGUGGAAGAUGCAUACCCCCUUCUCCCCUUGCAUACCAGCAGGAGAAAGGAGAUAGCCAGAAAGUCCAUUACAUUUCUACGGUUUAUUUCUGACUUUACAGCGGUACAAAAAACAUGUCCGAUCAUUUCAGUCUCCUCCAAGCAACUGCGUAAGACUUCCUUCACAUGCGCAACAGGAAGGUCUCAUAUUACACACAGAACAAAUCCCUGUGAACCCUGUGAACUGCCUUGAACAUUCCUUCCCAGGGCUAGCCACAUCAUGUGAUGUAAACAUCGAGCUGCUUGUUUGCAGCUGCGUUGCACUCAUAUCCCAACAGUAACCCCCUUGACUCUCCUCCUCUGGUGUGCUUCCAUUUCAACCUAACCACAGUUUAGUGUGUCACCUGAGCCCUAAACUGUGGUUAAAUCUUAACUCGGGAAACAAGCCAACUUCUGAUCAGAAACUUCCAUUUAUAUUUCAGAUUAACUGCCGCUUAAGUGUGUCAUCUGAACCCUAAAAAUGUGGUUUGAUGGGGAAAGCAAGUCAGAUUCUCAAACUCUGUCUCAGAGCUGACCUGUUCCUACGAACCAGAGUUCUGUUGCAGCACAACCUGUCUUGCGUUUGGACAAACUAUGGCUAAUGAAAACCGGAAGCAAAGCUUCCAAGCUCUUCCUCGAUGGAGGGUGGGCAGGGAGCUGCUGUUCCCAUCAUGCUAAACUGUCGUUAGCAGCCUGCCUGAACCAGCCGCUGUAGGUGCGCAAGCAACAUGGAGAGUUUGCUCAAGCUACAGACUGGGUUGUGCAUGCAUACAGGCCACAGUUCCAUACAAGCAAGGGAACGUGGGAUCAUACAUCAGCUGCAGAACUGAGCAUCUUUCUUUUUUUAAAGAAUAAAUUAAUAAAAUUGAAAGUAUUAU